AUGCCUUCCCGCUGCGUCCAACUUUUGCUGCCGAUCGGCGUGACCUACACCUUGCUAGUCCUCUCUAUAUGGAACGCCCUGAUCUUCCUGGGGCCAAUCAUAUCCUCCAAACUCCAGGCCAAGGGCGACGUCACGAGCCGGGCACGGAUGAGUGUAAUCACUGGGUUGUCCAAACCGCCGAUGGAUGUGGGUGUUCCCGUGAGGUUCAAAUUGCUGACAGUGCUAAAAUUCCAUCCACAUAAAACUAACGCAACUAUUGUCAAAACGGGACUUAAUGAUACCGACGACAUUGUUAUUGCAAACAAGACUGAAAGUUCCUCAGGGAGUGACGAUUGUACAUUAAACUUUGAGGUGACAGACCAAUGCAUAUCUUUAGUGAAAGGCGCUGACGUGAAGAUGAAGCCGAUAAUUCCGAGACCUCAUUGUACACUUGGGAACUUAUUAAAGAACUGUUCGAGGUACAGGCACGCCCGUGGCUACGAAGACAAACCGGUGACCUCACAGGAACUAGAAUACCCACUUGCUUUUGCAAUCAAGAUGCAUACGUCUCCAGAACAGGCAGAGCAGUUGCUGAGGACGAUCUACCGGCCCCACAACGUCUACUGCAUUCACGUCGACCAAAAGGCGGAAGCAGGAGUGUUUGAUACUAUGAAGUCCAUCGCACGUUGCCUUGACAACGUGGAGGUCAUUGAUGACCGAACGAAUGUUGUGUAUAUGAGCUCUGCGACCAUUCACGCUGAGAUGAAGUGUAUGAAGAGGCUUAUGGAGUCCAAGGUCAAGUGGAAAUAUUACAUCAACCUUGCAGGUCAAGAGUUCCCACUGCGGACCAACCUUGAGAUUGUUAUGAUGUUGAAGAGACUUAACGGCGCAAACGAUAUAGAGAGCUACGACCAUCCUCGAUUUCAAGAAUGGCGAUUCAAGAAGAAGUUCCUAAUCACCGACGGUAAACUUGAACAGACAAACGUCGACAAGGAGCCGUUUGGGUACGACAUACAAAUGAGCAAGGGGAGUGCGUAUGGUAUGUUUAAAAGAGAAUUUGUGCAGUUUGUGUUAACGGACGAUGUUGCACGUAAGUUAAUUAACUGGUUAAAUGACACGUCAUCACCGGAAGAGAACCUUUGGGCGACCUUGAACACUCUGCCGUGGGCGCCGGGAGGAACGUACGUGGAGACGAGGCAGACGUUCAACACCCACGCCUCCCGCGCCCUCAUCUGGAACUGGGACAGGGACGUCUGCCACGGCACCUUCGUCCGCAGCGUCUGUGUGUUCGGCUCUGGGGAUCUGAAAUGGUUGACGUCUAGACCCAACGUCAUCGCGAACAAGUUCAACAACGACCUUGACCCGGUUCCUCUGGAUUGUCUGGAGUCGUGGUUACAUCGUCGUCUGGUCCAUCCACUACUCCAGACUGUUGACAAACACUACAUUGCUAAUUUACCGCAUGUUAAGUACUAUAAUAAUAUUGACUUUUCGCAUCUUUCAACUAAAUAUUUUCAAGAAAAGAAGAGGAAAUGGCUGAAGAAACAUCCUUGGAAACUCUUCUGAUGACGUAUUAUUGAAAUCAGGCAAUACAAUCACGUCGGCCCGGUAACCAUGAAAGAGUAUCAUUCGCCAAGCUCCUCACAGCGAUAGCCCUUCGUGUAGCGCUCUACAUACUAUCGCGUGGAGCAGUGUGACUCCCAGCUGUGCUAGGCGGGAUACAACCAUGUAUGGAGUUGAACUCGAUACCGACUGACCGCUAUGUUUACAAACAAGUGAUGACUUUCGUAACACCAAAUACUCUUCCCCCAGCUAAAUUGUUUUGCUUGUUUGUCAAUUUGAAUUUCAAUUAAUUUCAUCUAUCAUGUAAUUAGUUUAGUGAGGAUGCAUAGGGGGGUGUUGGGUACUUUCCCGUUGGUCUGAAAUCUCGAACCAAUCUGAUUAAACGAACAAACGUAAAUUUAUCUGGGAAACAGUAAGACACUCGUAAUUUUUUUUGUCCAAUUGACAAGAAAGGCGUUCCCAAAGACAUGCACAAAAAUAUAAAUGUCACUACAUUUGGGGUUAGAGGGUUCAUUUCAAGAUUUAAGUAUGGCCGCUUGUCACAGGGAGGGUCAGGGCGAUGUCACGCGCUGGGAAGGAGCUUGAUCAUUCACGUCACUCUCGCUGGUACAGAUAGUUUCCCUAACUUUUCCUAAAGUUUCUAACCCUUGAGUUGUCAUAUUUGUUACCCUACUCGCAGCACCAUCGUACCUCAUAUGUUAUGCGAGCCGUGAAGAUCCGGGGAAGAAUAGGUCAUCAGCAACCCAUGCCUGCUGUAAAAGGCGACUAUGCUUGUCGUAAGAGGCGACUAACGGGAUCGGGUGGUCAGGCUCGCUGACUCGGUUGA